AGGCGAGGGGCCAUGGCCGAAUUAUGCCUUACCUUUGGGGACAAGGAAUAGAUGAGGAUCUGAUAGAAAUCAUGCCUCAUGUGGAAAAACUAGUAGUUCUACUCCAAGAACACCUGUAUUGUCCGUAAGUGCAAGAAAAAUUAAAGAUAAUGCAGCAGACUGGCACAACCUAAUGAUGAAAUGGGAAACCUUGAAUGAUAAUGGAUUUUCUAUUGCCACCAAGAUUGUGAACAUCAAAAACGCUACCCGGUUUAAUGACAGCACAUUGGAGAUAGAACAUACUGAAGAUUCCUCUGACUGUGAAAGACUGCCACUUGACUAUAACAUGGAACUGGAGCAGUGCUGUGCAGAACUACUUGGGAUUUUUAACAAUUUGGCCAAAAUACACGAGAAAAUGGAAAAACUCUGUUCAACAACUAAAGGGGUCUGUGACUUAGAAACAUACCAUCAUGCAGCAGAACACAAGGCACCAUUAUUUCACACAUGGCCUGUUUCCUAUUUCUAUGACGUCUCUGUCAAGCUCUUAGACAUGUAUUCACAAGAACUAAAACUCAAGCAAACCAUUGUGGAAGAAAUUGCUCAUACUGCUGACCAAGAUCUAUUGAUGGUCUAUUUAUCAUCAUGGUUAUAUCAGCCCUACAUUGACAACAGCAAUAUAGUACUGUUAGAAAGUAUGUUGUUAGAAACAGGGCACAGGCAGCUCUAAUCUUACCUAUUUAUUAGAAUUAUCACCUUAAUUUUAAACCUUCCUUUCAGUAGCAAGACAUACAAUGCUAAUAUUGUUACAGAUUUAUGAUUUUAUUACACUGUACUUAGUUGCAGCUUAUUUUUAAUAAAAUUCUUGCAUUUUUAUGAUUUAUA